AUGUCUUUCUUGAAGAAGAAGAGUAGCACUGCUGGACAUUCAAGGUCAGGAUCUGCCUCAUCUAUACUCAACAAACAUGUUGAUCCUGCCAAUAUCAGUGAGUUUUAUCCAUCGUCAUUGGAUCACAAGGUGACCAGUGGUUUGAAGAACGAUUAUAGUUUUGAUUCCAGCAGCAAGGGAUCCAGGAAGUCCUCUGGUGGGAGCACCAAUUCGUUAACAUCUGAGCGACUAUUAUUCAAUUGGGAUGUCACUGAUCCGAGCCAGUGGACGAUGCCCAGGAUAAUACAGUGGUUCAGAGCUAACGAUUUCAACGAUCAGUGGAUUACAUUUUUCAAGAGGAAUAGUAUAAGCGGGAAUAAGUUCUUGAAACUUCUAGCUUACGAUAAUUUUGCACCAUACGAGAAGUCCUUACAACAGUCCAAGAGUUCAAGUUACGAAAGGUUUCAGUACUUAUUGAAGAAAACGCUGGAAGAAAACGUGGUGAAGGGAAACAACAGGAAUGGUAAUCGGAUUAUCAAUAAUUCAAGGUCGUCGAGUGAGUCUGCUAAGGUCAGCCAAAGGUUAUCGACAUCUUUUUCUACCCAUAUAAGAAGUACAUCAGAAUCGGCGCUGUUGAAUAUUGAGAAUAUUACGAAAGACAGUUCUUCUAGUGAACCUACCACAUCAAAAAAGCAAGAAGCAAGCAAUUACAGUUUACCCUUGAGGCAGGCAAAGACCAAUAGCGCAAGUGCAUUAUAUAGACGAAGCUUGAUCAGCUUACGAAAUGCAUCAUCUACGAAGGAUAACGCAUCUAAGAAUGAUAUCAAGAUAACUAUACCCCCAAGACCUCUAUCUACGACAGAAAAUACUAAUAAAUCACCGACAACACCAUCAUCUGUUAGUCCCUCUCAUACAGCUUAUACCGGUAUUUUCAGGCGACAACAUAAGACCAGUUCUUCGGAAUCCUCCCUGUUUACUUCGAUUUUUGGACAUGGUGUGGUUGAAGAGCCUGAGGAAACUCCUAAACCCAGACCAGUUGAAAAUAGAAGGAUUCCUGCCGCAUCUACAGUAAAUGCAUCUACUUCGAAACAGUCGAUUAACGUAGAUGAUAAGGCUAGGUUGUGGGAUAAAAUUAAGCGAAAGGGACAAUUACCGGCAGAACCUUCUUCUCAGCCAGCAGCAAGAAUAAUCAUAGAGGAAGUUAAGGAAUCGCCAAAGGCGGAACCACCAGAAAUUGUGAUACCUGAAGAAAUAUACCCAAAACGACCCUCAGAUUCGAGGGAACUCUUCAUUAUGUUGACGAAAGAUAAUUCAACUUUCAGUCCGUUCAACGUCCAACCUCAUCUUGGUACGGAUGUCAGUGAGCUAAAAAAAGCUGUGGCUCUAGCACUUGGGUUAACACAUUCUAAUUUCAGUAUUCAUCUGACAGAUUUUGGAGCGGAAUUUGGCUCUCAGAUACCAGACGGUCUAUUAGCUGACUUUCAGAAGACGUCUUUCCAAAAUAUUCCUAACAAACUCUAUAUCCAGGACCUAGAAAAGAAGGCUAAUCUGAAUCCAAGACCAAGAACUGAAACACUGGCUAGUCAACAUUCGACGGCAGCUAGUACAAAGAGUAAAACAUCCGUGAAAUCAAAUGCAAGUGCUGCGAGUAACGGAGAAGGCUCUUCGUCUGACUUGACUUCGAUCGAUGAUCAAGGCUCUUCUCACCGUAGAGCUUAUCCACAAACGCCCAGCCACUAUUAUGAUAAUAGCACAUCAGCUGAAACAGACUAUUGGUCGUUCAAGGAUUCUGUGCCAGAGACCAUAUCUGAUGCUCCUCACAUUACUUUACCCAAAAGUAGGCCCAGUCUUAAACUCAAUAGUUCUGUUUUGAAUACACAUGCUUCAGAGAAAAGUACCUUCCGAAUCAUCAGGCAGACAAGUGAUACUGAUAUUGAUUUCAAUAAAAGACGUGAAUCUCCCUACGUAAGAGUGGCCGAAUUAGCACCGAAGAGAAAGGCUCCAAAGCCACCAGUAAAUGGCAAUCCGGUUACAUCCGGGUCGUUGCCUAGCGCGGCUGCUAAAAAUGUUUCAGAAUCGCCAUUGGAAUCGCCGCCAAAGUUAGAUAGAAAUGGAAAGACAAUAUAUCAGAAGAAUAAACCAAGACCUCCACCUCCUCUGACGACAGAACUCGGCUCUAGACGUUCUGUGUCGUCAUUAAGCGGCCAGGAUCUGAACGAGGUAAAGGAGUCACCGGUUCAAUCGUUUACUCCUGCUUCAACACAAGUUAUGGUUCCUCAACCAUAUAAAGGUGCUUUGGAAACGUUGAAACCUCGUAAAUCUAGCGCAGAUUUAUCAAUCAGACCGCGGAUGUCUUUAAGACAAUUCAGCAGGUCAAAUUCCUCUCUAAACCGAAAAGUGCUGUCAACUUCUCGACAAACACUCAACAGGACCAAUUCUAAACCAUUAGUCACCUCAUCUACGGCUGCGGAUAUCUUUGAUGAGAAUGAUAUCUCUUUUGCUGAUGCACCAGAGCUUUCCGACUCAGACGACUAUUCUGCCUCUUCUGACGAAAUAAUAUGGUCCAGAGAUAGGAAGUCCAUAUCAAAUGACGUACCUGAAUUUAGUUUCAAUACUGAAGAUACCAUUGAUCUUGUAGGAACUGAUACUACGCAAGUGUCUGUCGGUGCAACUGAAGGUUCUGACACACCAAAGAAAAUGGCAUUAAGACCCUCUCCUGAUGUUGUUUAUCAGAACUUGGAAAAAUUCUUUCCAGAUGCUGAUCUAGAUAAUCCAAUCCUUGAAGGAUUAACACCCCCACCUUCCCCAAAUGCAGACAGUUCACCUCCAAGCCCUAGAGGUUUUGAAAAGUCAUUAAAGACAAAAUCAGAGCAACAGCCAGCAUUUCUUUCUAGUCGUGGUGAAAGUUCUCAGUUCUUGACCCCCGUCAAAAGCCUUAAACCACCUAAGAGAACAAAGACCAUCAGAAUAAUUGCCCAAGAAGCAAGCGAGGCGAGAAAAAAUGAGGUGUCUCAGAAAUUGCAAAGAAAAAAUACUAAGAUGUGGGGUACCAAAGUCGUAGAAAUAACGGAUAAACGCACAAUCUCAAUUAACAAAUCCAGAAACUCUAGGGGUGAGUAUAAAGAGUUUGCAUGGAUUAAAGGUGAAAUUAUUGGUAAGGGUUCUUUCGGUGCAGUGUAUCUAGCUUUGAACGUUACAACAGGAGAAAUGCUCGCAGUCAAACAAGUGACAGUACCCGAGUUUAGCUCUCAAGAUGAAUCGGCAAUAAGUAUGGUUGAAGCUUUAAAAUCAGAAGUAUCUACUUUAAAAGACUUAAAUCACGUCAAUAUUGUCCAAUAUCUUGGUUUUGAAGAAAAAAACGGGAUCUAUAGUUUGUUCUUGGAAUAUGUUGCAGGUGGCUCUGUUGGGUCGCUGAUAAGAAUGUAUGGAAGGUUUGAUGAUCAACUGAUAAGACACCUCACUAAACAAGUUUUGGAAGGAUUGGCAUAUUUGCAUUCAAAAGGAAUACUUCAUCGUGAUAUGAAAGCUGACAAUUUGCUAUUAGAUAAUGACGGUGUCUGUAAAAUCAGUGAUUUUGGUAUUUCAAGGAAAUCUAACAAUAUUUAUUCUAACUCGGAUAUGACCAUGCGAGGGACUGUGUUUUGGAUGGCACCUGAAAUGGUGGACACUGCUCAUGGCUACAGUGCAAAGGUUGAUAUUUGGUCCCUAGGAUGUGUAGUUUUGGAAAUGUUUGCUGGGAAAAGGCCUUGGUCUAAUUUUGAAGUAGUCGCUGCUAUGUUCCAAAUUGGUAAAUCCAAAACAGCACCACCAAUACCAGAUGAUACGAAAGAUUUAGUUUCACCUGCAGGGCAGAGUUUCUUGGAUCAGUGCUUUGAAAUAGAUCCAGAAAUGAGACCAACUGCAGAUUCUCUAGUGGGCCAUCCGUUCUGUAAAACAAGUUCGUCUUUCGAUUUCCCUAAAACUAAAUUGGCACAAUUUAUCAAAUCAAAUGAUAAGUUGAACAGCAGUAGGCUGCGCAUAAGCUCGCAAGAGCUGUAG